AUGGGCGAGGACAGCAGCCUGGCCGCCAAGGCCGCCCUGGCUGCCAGCGCCUUCUCGCCCUCGGCGGGGUCUUGCUCGGGGCUCCGGGGCGCCGGGGCGCUCCGGCUGGAAGCGGUGAUGGAGAACCUGCAGCGGGCGCAGGCGGCGCGGCUGGAGGAGAAGCUGCGGCGGGCGCAGGGGGCUCAGCCCGGACUCCCCCCGCCGCAUCCCGUGGCCCCGCUGCGCCCGUUCUGCGGGGGGCUCCCCGCGGCCCGCGGCCCGCCGCCCACCCGCCGCCAGAAGGAGGAGGAGGAGGAAGAGGAGGAAGACGGGCAGGACGAGGAGGAGGAGGAGAAGGAGGAGGGAGAAGAAGAAGAGGAGGAAGAGGAGGAAGGGGCCAUCGGGUCUCGGCCCCGCCACGCGCAACGCCCGCUCGCCCACGCCGGCUUGGCUUCUCCGCCUCCCCCGCCGCCCCCGCCGCCCCCGCCGCCACACGAGUGGACCUACGAGGAGCAGUUCAAGCAGCUCUACGAGUUGGACGGAGACCCCAAGCGGAAGGAAUUCCUGGACGAUCUCUUCAGCUUCAUGCAGAAGAGAGGGACCCCCGUGAACCGGAUCCCCAUCAUGGCCAAGCAGGUGCUGGAUCUCUACUCGCUCUAUCGGCUGGUGACCGAGAAAGGAGGCCUGGUGGAAGUGAUCAACAAGAAGAUCUGGCGGGAGAUCACCAAAGGAUUGAAUCUGCCCACCUCCAUCACCAGUGCAGCCUUCACACUCCGCACACAGUACAUGAAGUAUCUCUACCCCUACGAAUGCGACAAGCAAGGCCUGAGCUCCCCCGGAGAGCUGCAGGCCGCCAUCGACAGCAACCGCCGGGAAGGGAGGCGUCAGAUGUUUGGGGCCACCCUGUUCAGCUACUCGCCCACGGGCACGCCAGCCACCCUCGCUUCCCCCAAGGUCCCUCUGCCCUCCCUCACCAUCGCCACCCACAACGGGAGCCAGAUCGGACAGGCUCGCACCGUCAAAAAUGAAGAGAGCCUCCUGUCGUCUGGGGUGCCCAGCCGCAUCGCCAUCCCGGUCAGCCUAGCCGGGCAUCACCUGGUGGCAGCACAAGCGGCAGCAUCGCAGGCGGCCGCCCUGGAGCAGCUGCGGGAGAAGCUGGAGACCAGCGAGCCCCCGGAGAAGAAGAUGGCGCUGGUGGCCGAGGAGCAGCAGCGCCUGGUCCAGCAGGCUCUUCAGCAGAACCUCCUGGCCAUGGCCUCCCAGUUCCCAGUCAACAUCAAGGUCAACAGCCGCGGAGAUGACAGACAGGAGGCGGCAUUGAACCUGUCCACCAACGGCAUUAGCAGCCUCAACAUGUCGAUAGAAAUAAACGGCGUUGUCUACACAGGCGUGCUGUUUGCCAGGCGGUCGGGCCUCCUGGGCGCUGCGGGAGGCACCCACAGCCACGCCACCACAGGGAUGCCACCCAGCCCGCUGUUCUCCACCACAUCUCGGGGACGUGCUCCGGCCAGCACCUCGCCCUGA